AUGAUGGAAGAAGAAUAUGUUAUGGUGAAUGGCAGAAAAACUGUAAAUUGCUCAAUCCUAACAAUAGAUUCCCCGAAAGAUGUAUCAAGUCAAUAAGAUCUACAAUGGCAUCACAUUGAACUUACAUUACUCCAUAGGCAAAGAAUCCAAUCGUUCAUUUACCAAGAAGACUCGUUGGUUUAUCUGAAUGGUCAUCACCUGGUGCUCUACGAUAUCAACAAGAAGAAGCAGUAAUUCUUAUUGCGACCCAAGGAUGAAGAGGAUGUUGUAGUGAUGAAUCAUUGUGUGAAUGAUAAGAUGAUACUCUCUGUAGGACUGGGACUGAAGAGUACUAUCAAAAAUUAUGCAACUGUUAGAAUCUAUAAAACCAAUCGCAAAUCCUUCACUCUGCUCCAUUAGCAUCUCCCCUUUGGAACUCAAGUCAAGGAUAUCGCCUUUCUUCACACUGCCAAAUAUACUAUCACUCUUUGCAGCAAUAUCAACUCUCAUGACACCUCAUACAUCAGUGUAUUCAAAACCAACACUGAAUAACUCAUUACUUACAGUGAUGUGGGCGAAAACUAUGUUGGCUUAUUUGGAACCUAUAAGGAUUUCGAAUAGUUUGGUACAUUCGGACCGAACGUAUUGAAAUUGUGGAAAUUCAAUCCAACUGAAAAGCAAUUAGAUGACGUUUUCUUGGAUUACGAGGGCGUGAUCACUCACGUAGUCCAAUCCAACAAAAAAAUAUUCCUCAUGAAUAAAAAAGGAAUUUUGUACUUCUAUCGCAAAAACAAAAUAAUCAACUCAGCCAACAUCCCUGCUGACUUGAAUGAGAUCCCGACUGUGAUUGCUGCCUACUCAGAAGGAGUUGUGGUGGGAUUUGAAAACAAACCCAUCAUAGCGAUGUAUGAAGCACACAAAGGCAUAAUCGAAUACAGAAAACAAUACACUUUAAAUAUUACUAACCUCCAAAAGAUAGUUUAUAUUCAUGUUGGAAAAGAUGACUCCUAUAUUUCCAUUACUGCAUAACACAAGACUAGACAAACCGAAAAUGAAGAAAUCAAUUGCGAGAUCUACCUCUUCAAUCUCGGGUUUGUCGAUUACAUCAAUUCCGCCUUUAGAGAUCCCUUUGAACAGCUCUUCCCACAGGGAGUUCACAAAAGUAAAAUAUUGAACAUCGACUCCUCUCCAUCUAAACCCAUCAUUUGUGUUUUGUCUGAAGAGAGAGUGUUCAAAGUAUGGGAAUUCACUUACGAAGAAGGUAAAUUCAAGUGUCUCUAUUCCUCCACUCUACAUGAGGUCCCUUAAUGCAUGGCCUUGCAUCCAAUGGCAUUUCAAUGUGCAAUCGGAUAUCGAGAAGGACUCAAGUUUUAUUUUGUUCUCCAUGAUGAACUCAAACAAGUUUAUUAUGAGUCCUUAAAGCAAUGCAGUGUGGUUAAGUAUACUCCAGGAGGGAAUCAACUGGCUGUUGGCUCUCAGAAUCAGAUCCUAAUUUAUGAUCCAUACACAUAUCGAUUGAUGCAAACAAUAUCUGGUCAUAUGGGCUCGAUUGCAUCAUUAGAAUGGUGUGACAACACUCUCAUCUCCACUUGUAGUUAGGGAUUGGUGAUGGUGUUCAAUCAGACCAGGUUGGUUGAUCAUUCAUUCAAAUUACACAAAGGGUUUUGUUAGACUUAUGACACUGAGUAUGAUUUCCUCGUUGGAAGCUAUUCGGAUAGCAAGGUCAGAAUCUUUAACGAGAAGGGGUAGAACCUAUAUUAUGAAAUGGAUAUUUAUCCCUGCCAAUAUGUGUGUGUGUAAAUCCUCAGAUUCCUGGAUAUGAUUGCAUUUGGAACCAAUUGUGGUAAGGUGAGAUUGUAUCUGUGGCCUUUUACGUAGUUCAAAGAUGAUCAGGAGAUGUUUGAAUUCCAGUUGCAUCAGGGACCAAUAACAUAAAUUAGAAUGUCUUCGGAUCAACAGUUCCUCAUCACUGGAGCUGAAGAUGGGUCGAUUCAGAUUUGCAAGGUCAAGGAGUGGUACGAUGGGAAGGACAUGACACCUCAAGAAACUUAAAAAGGAUAGAGAGUUAAUUCCAAAGGGUUGAUUGUCUCCAAUCUAUACAGCUUUAGCAUACUAGCCUUUGUAAGUAAGAACAGCAUUGAGAUGAAGAAGGAUCUAAUCAAAGAAUUAGACUUUAGGAUUUCUAAUUAAAAGAGUGAUCAGGAGGAUUAAAAGUAAGAUAUUACUUAGAAGUACCAAAAGUAAGAGAAGGAAUUAGAAUAACAAUAUUAGCAUUAGAUUGCCAGGUACAAAGAAGAGCUAUCAUAAAUAAUGGAAGCCAAGGAUACGAGAAACAAAAAUUUGGAUAUCGAUUUAAUUGAUUUGAGGAAAAAGUAUCAAAUAGAGUCACACUAAAUUUAAGAAAAGACUGAAAAGGAUCUCCUGCAAUUGUAUCAGAAGAAUGAUGAAGUCAAAUAGAGGUUGCAAUUCACCAAUGAGGAGAAUCAAAGAGAAUACGAGUAGAAGAAGGCUCAUUUAGAAUCUAUUAGAACCAAUAUCAAGAAUGAUCAGGAUACUAAAUUUAAUGAUUUAUUUUCAAGAUUUCAAUCAUCCAAGGAAUCAUUUGAAUUGGAUGAGAAGAAGUAUUUGGAAGUGUUCAAAGAAACUGAAAAAGAAUUUGAAUAAUUGAUAAAUGAAUAGAAGGAGAAGAAACUAAUUAAAUUAAAGGAAUUGUUAGACAAAAGUGAAAAAAUAAGAUCCAAGUGUGAUAGAUAUUAAUUGAGGAAACAAGAAUUAGAAAAUAUGAUAAGAGAAACAAGAACUUAAAAAGAUUUAAUUAACAAAGAAAAAGAUAAUUUUAAAUUAAUAAAUUAAGAGAAGAAAAAUCAAUUAAAGGAAAGAGAAAGACAAAUCUUUUAGAAGGAGAAGGAAAUAAAAAACUAUAGAAAUAAAAACGGUCAUCUAUAAAAUUUUAAGAAUGUCAAUUCAUAUCGUUUGCAAUCCUUGUAGGAACAGAAAGCACCUCUUUAAGAACAUCUAUCCGAUUUAGAUUAGAAUGUCAAGAUUAUGUACUAGGAAUUGACUGACGAAGCGGAAGCUGAAAAGAAUUUAGAGAAUUUAAUAGAAGAUACUUCUAAUAAAAUCAAGGAAUUAAAAAAUCAAUAUCUAAUUAAGAGAGAUUCCUUAUUCUCUAAAAGAGGGGAAGUUCAAGAAAUAGAAAAUGAUAUAUUCAAAGUAUUGGCUGAUCCUGAAAUAACUGAUUUUAAAGAUAUGCUAAAGAAUGUUCAUAAAUAGCAUUUCAUUAAUGGUAAGAUUAAUAAGGGUGAUGUUAAUGAAGAUUCCAUUUAUGCUGAGAUCGAAAAGAACACAGAAACUGCCAUCAGAGAAGAGAUGCUUAGACAAAGGGAUUUCCUAAGUAAAAAGAUCAACACAAUCACUAGAACUAGCAAAGCUGCAGAUGAGGAUAAAACCAGUCUCAUUAUCAGAGUUUAAAAGGAGAACACUAAUCUAGUUAAGUCUUGUAACGAACUUAGAGAAUAAAGGGCAAACCUCAUCUCUCACCUGUCAAAUAUGCAGAAAGCAUUAGAUAUUUUGCAGAAAGAAAUUGCUUCUUUAAAUAAUGGCGAGUCUAUUGAGUUUUAGCCAUCGGAUGAUGAAGUUCCUCUGUACAUAGAGAAGAAUAAGAUACAGAAGCAGAUCUCAGCUCCGAAAUUGACUCCGUUUUAGUAAUAUCACUAAGGGAAGGAAAUUCAAAAAAUCAGAAAAUCUGACACAGUUCUGAAAAGGGAUAAAGGAUAAUUGGAUCUGCAAUAAUUAAUCAAAGAGAUUAAGACUUAUAAUUUGACUGAUUAAGAACUCAGAGAUUAAGUAUAGCAAUUUUUAAGAAAUGAUGAAUCUUCAUCCAUUCUGCCUUAGAUUCUAAAAUAUCCAUUCAAUUCGUCUCAAGAGGAAACCCAAUUAGCAGGCUUAGAACAAUCUAUCAUCAACACGUCUAUAGAAACACAAAAACUUUAAUUACCAUUAAUUAAACAAUGA